AGCAACGUUUGGGUCAUCGUCCGCCAUCACCGCAAAUGUCUCACCAAGCAUUGUCACCCUAUGUCUUCAUAUCCGCUCCUGAUGACCCAACGAAGCAAGACACUAUCAAUAAGCUGAGGGAUAAGGUUGCCUCAAAGCACAAUGACCACGCAGAGCUAUUUCCAUUUGCCCUACCGGAGUUUAAGGUUGGCACCUUGGACUCUCUCGUAGUGUUGUCGGAUGACCUGUCAAAAGCGGACACUACUGUGGAAGGCAUUGCAACGAAAAUUGCGGACAAUAUGAGGAAUCUUCUGAACAACGACGUGGAGCAGUGGAAGAGCAACUUGUCCGUCAAUGAAAAAAGCAUUGAUGCUUUUUUGCGGGGCUAUCAAUGGAACAGUAUGAAGUACCGUACAGACAAAUCCCUACGGGAGCUGACAGAUAUGAUACUCCAGGAAGUGAAUCAAAUUGAUACUUUGAUGAAAACCAAGAUGACAGCAUACACAACCGUGAAGUCCGCCCUACAAGGAAUUCAGAGGAAGCAAACAGGAAACCUGGCCGUGCGAAGUCUUAAUGACAUUGUGAAAAAGGAUCAACUAAUUCUUGAUUCAGAGUAUCUGACGACUUUGAUUGUGGCUGUACCAAAAUCGCUGAUAAGUGAUUGGAUCAAUAAGUAUGAAACCAUAACGCAGAUGGUUGUUCCACGGUCUUCCCAAAAAAUAGCUGAGGAUGAUGAAUAUGCAUUGUUCACAGUAUCCUUGUUCCAACGAGUUGUCGAUGAAUUUACGAAUAAAGCGCGGGAAUUCAAGUUUCAUGUUCGAGAUUUCAAAUGGGAUGCUCAAGCCAUGGCGGCUGAGAAGAAACAAUUGGCAGAGAUGGGGGCAACGGAACGCGAACAAUGGACGACCUUACUGAGAUUGUGUAAGACAAACUUUGGAGAAGUCUACUCGUGCUACAUUCACAUAAAAGCAUUGCGCGUGUUCGUGGAGUCAAUUCUUCGAUACGGCCUUCCACCCAAAUUCCAACCAAUGCUCCUUAAGGCAAAACCAAAACAGGAGCAAAAGUUGAAAGAUGCCGUCAACCGACACUUUGCGCGAUUGGGUGGUGCAGGAUCGACAGGGUCGUCGGCUGAUGACCAGCAGAUUGAGGAACAUCUGCAGCUGCUGCUUGGGGACAAGGAUUAUUCUCCAGUUGUAUUGUUUUAUAUCAACACCAUUGUGUAAGGUCAAUUAAUACAAAGGACUUGCGAACACUACCUGCCGUUCCAGGUUAGAUCGGA